AUGGGUCAGUCCCGCUCCCGCGAGCAUCCGCUGUGCGACGCGGAUGACUCAGGAACCAGCAUAUCCAGUUCCUCCAACAUUGACUCCCCUAAUUCUCUUCCAUCGAAACCCCCAACGACAGAGCUGCCCAACGAACUCUGGCUUCACUCUUUCUCGUUCAUGGCUCUCAAGACGCUUAUAUUAUCGCGAAGUAUCUGCACGACCUGGCGCCGCCUCGUCCCCCUCGCUGAUCUCGACCCUACCCGCCGUCGACUCAUCGAUCUCUACGACACAGUAAUCAACUCGCCAUACUUCCUCUCUACCCGCCCCUGGACUGUCACCCACCUGCAGCUCUUCGACCGCGAGGCGUACAUCGCCGCCCUCGAGUCGCAGUACCCCUUCAUCCCGCCGGACUUUCGGAUGUUCAUCCUCGAAUGGCCGGGGCGUGCUGCGAUCCGCUCCAUCUGGCCUGGCCUACCUCUUCUCGACUGCAAGACUUCGAACAUCGAGCGCAUGCGCGGGGUUAACUUUAUCUCCCGCCAGCCUCCCCAGCUUUCUGCUCUCAUCUUCAAGGACGGCUACCCAGGUGUCGAGUUCGUUCCUGCAUUACUUAUAUGGAGACGCCGGGCCAGCACAACGUGGCUCGUGUUCGACGAGCGCCCGGGUCUUUUCGGUCGGGUGUUCGUUCUCUACAAUUUCGUCGAUGUGGAUGUCAUCCCGUACCACGACUACGGCGAUGGCGACGAAACCGAUUACCGGACCUUGGAGCCGGAGGGGGACUAUGGCGAUUUUCAAGUCCAAGAGGACUGGCUGGCGUAUCUGGGAUGGACAUGGGAGUGUUCUGGUGGCAUACACCACCCUCCCCCACGGUUCAGCGUUGUACAACCACAUGAUGAUGUGGCCGUUGAGCUGGAAGAUAAUGGCGUUUUCACGGACAGAACUUAUCAUGACGUUCCAGCUCCACCUUGGGUUAGACGACGAGAACCUCAAUUUUUGCAGCGUUUGAGUGAGAGUUAG